UAUCAGAUAAAACGUGAAGAUGAGCGAGCCAGUCGGACAUUAGAAUACAUCGCACUAAGUCCUCUCGACAAGGCCAAGUGCACGCAUUAUAAAAUAAUAACCAUGAGAAAAAAAAUCGUAAUCUUUGUUCUAUUAGUAGUCAGUGAAUGCAAUGGUGGGCUAAUUACCGGUAUCCUCAGCGGGGCUCACGAUGUGCACAAACAAGUGCAGGGUGCCGUUCUCGGGGGACUAUCACAAGCUUUUAACUUCAACGUACAUGGACAGUUUGGCGUGAAUCAACAGAGACCACCACCAAACCAUGAACAGAUACCGAGCGAACCUAAUCAAGAACCACCAAAUUAUGGGGAGCAAGAUAGAUUCCCACCCAGCCACAACGGAUACAGACCUCCGAACGGACAAAACGGAUACGAACGCCCACAUCGUCCUCACAAUCAUCGUCCGCAUAAUCAUCAUCAUAAUAAUCAAAACGAUAAUCCCAACUACGAAGGACCACAUAAUUUUGGCAACAAGUAUCCUAAGCCAAUUUAUGGAAACCAGAACCCUAAUGGACAAAAUAACCACAUGAAUCACAAUCACGGCCCUGAAGACAACUUAAACGGACAGCCUGAAUAUGGUAAUCAAAAUAAUUUGAACCGGCCAGGAUACGGAGGACAAAACAACCAUAAUGAAAACCAAAACAACUACGGAAGACCCCAACCUGAAUUCGGAAACAAUAAUCAUCGACCGACAACACCGAAUCAUCAACAAAAUUAUCGUCCUCCUUUUAAUAACAACAAUCAAAAUUUCAACAACGAUCCAUAUCAACAGGACAAUGGUAACGAUGACAAUAAUAACGGACAACAAAACCACAUUAACUUUAAGCCAACCACAGAAAAUCCUAAGCAACCAGAUAAGACUCCAAACUACGAGCAGAACGGAAAUCAAAAUUCCAAUAUCGACAAAACAACAAAGAAUCCCGAUCAACCGUUAUUUAUUCCUUUGAAUCCUAAUGAAUAUACAUAUGGAGGUGACAAAAUCGAAGUAACAGCGCCUAAAAGAGACACAAACGACAAGCCAAAACCUGCUGAUGAAGACGACGAAUACGCCAUAGACAUAAGGUUCAAAGACCAAUAAAACCAUUUAAUUUUUUGGUAUGUAAUACUUACUUAAAAUAUUAUUAGUGUAAAUAAAUUAAUUUUCAUUUUAA